UGGCGGCGCAUCGUCGCGUUCAGCCAGUGCGUCUCGGACGAACGCCGAGGAGCUUUUUCGUGCUUUGUUCAAGUGUAUUCGUUGAGAUCAGCAUUUUUUUGAAACUUUCGAUUUCGAACUAAUCGAGCUUAUCCCGAUCAGAAAACAGUCGUAGGACUUCGAUUUCGAAUCGCGUUGGGGUCGAGUGUUUGAAACAUCAGGUUCGAACGAGGGAAACCGAAUUUGUGACAGUUUCCGGUUCGAAAGACCCGCGGAAGGAGGGCUAACUGUAAACAGCUAUCGAGAAUCUAGCGGAAGAAAAGAAUCGUUCUAACAUGCCUGUGGAAUUGGAAUCGGUGGCACCGGUCACUCACAAAUCGUGUACACCUUGUAGAGGGGAAGAGAAGAUGAAUAAGCUAUGCAAGCAGGUGUCCAUCGAGAGCCCGAGCAUGACGGGCCGUAACUGGGUGUUCAGUUUUGACGUUCCUGUUCCGGAUGUCCCAGCACAGGGCGCCAGGAUCCGAGUGGUGUGUGCAGGUGCCUGCUACCAUCCGCGUCGCUCGCCCAGCUUGGGCAGCUUGACAUCUGUCUCCAGUGGUAGCAGUUUGGCCACGGAAGUUUCAGUGGAAGGCGACUUCCCUGUCUCCUUGCCACAUCACGGGGUUCGAGACGCAGCUUUGUUCCCUGGCUACGAAGUCGCUGGGGUGAUCGAGUCGCUGGGUGCUAACGUUGCUGAGGAUUGCGAAUUCGUGAUUGGAGACAGGGUGAUCCUCUAUCCUUAUGAGGGCAUACCGAACGGAUACGUGGAAUACCUGGUGGUCCACGACCUGAAAUAUCUUAUCAAAAUCCCGGACAGCGUGAGCCUGAGUGUAGGAGCCAUGUUACCAGCCGGUGCAUUGUUAGCUAUGAACACCGUCUUUGCUGCUCACGAACACGUCCAAGCACUGUUGAAGCAAAGAGGCGAAGAUAGCGUCUGCAAGAUCCUGAUCGUUGGUACUGGCGGUCUGGCUCUUUGGGCCCUUAGAAUUGCAGCUUACCACUUCAGCAAUAUGAAAGACAGAGUCACCAUCACCAUCGCCUCGUUGAAGGACGAUGGACUAACCAUGGCUCAGGAGUUUCAACGUCUCCUCUUUGAAUACAGAGUGAACGUGGUCCAAUGGAGCGAAGAUCUCUACGAGAAACAGUUGAUCGAACGCACAAUGGACGCCUGCCGUGGCCACGUGGACGUGGUGAUCGAUUUCGGCACGACAUCCCGCAGCCUACAUCGCAGCAUGCAGUGUCUGAGCAAGGGUGGCGUCGUGUUCGUGAUCAAGGAGGUUGCCGAUCGACUUCUGCCGAAGUUCAGCAAACGGGCCGAGGAUUGGCAGCUGAGCAUCAAAUCGGUGGAACCCGGCACCCUCGAACAGUUACGGGAAUUAGUGAAGCUGGUGUCUUCUGGUGAGAUCGAGCCACCGCCACACACCGUCUACCCAGCUGAAGACGUCCUGGACGUGGUACAAAAGCUGUGUCACUCGGAAAUCCAGGGCCGCGCGAUCUUGCGCUUCUAUCCGGCCGAUUAAGGGCUCUACCCUGGAGGGUAAGAUUUUAGGCGCCAAGCAGAUCGGCGCGAAACUUUUGAACACGAGAAAAAAGAUCGACGAAACGGAUUAGACCGGAUCAUUAGACGAUUCGUGACUGAAGUUUGAGAUUUACCGAGCGAUGGCCAUUCUCGCGACGUUUCUUACCCGCGCGGGAAUACCUCGAUGACUCCCCCGACCGAUGGAUCGGUGAAGGGUGUUUCUCGCGUGCAUGAUUCACGCAUCCAGAGGAGUUGAUCACCGAUGAGGAAAGUUUUGUGGGGAAUUGCGCGCGGCAACGAUUUGUCUGGAUCGAUUGCGGAUCACUGUUAAGUAGAUAACUGUUCGAUGCGUCCUCUGUUUCCUUCAGCAAAUAUAACGAGGCGGAUCAUGGCGGAGCGUCUCCAGCCAUCUCACGAGAUCGUACUAUCAUAGUUGAGUAAGAUUAAGCGAAACGGUGACGUCAUGUAAAAGUUUCUAUAGUAGAGGAUAUUUGAAGCCGAUGUAACCGAUCGCGCGACAUUUGUUCAUACCAUGUUCGCUUUCACUCGAGACCUACCAAUCGAAUUACGGUACCGAUGUUUCAUUCUUUCAACGGACGAGAUCGCUGCGAUAUGGUGGAACGUUCUGCGUUUAAUGCUCAAGUUUGUUUGGUCGGAUAACGAUUCCCAGCAAUCGCGAGAUAAAGCGACAAAAUCGCUUGCUCUCCCGAUAAAUCAUGGUAUAUCCGUGAGAUUCGUUAGGAACACUCUGCUAUUCUAUUCCGCGAAUCAUCCGAUCGUUGGACGGAGUUAUCGAUUGAACGAUUCACCGAUCGCGAGUCCCGAUCGUUAACCCUUUGAGUGCUGAAUACUUAAAGCCGAAACGUUCCAUGUGGACGGAAUAUUUUUUUGCUCAUCUGGAGAUCGAUGAAUUAUGUUAAUUCAUACAAUUAAUUAAGUUGUAAUUAAAUUGUAAUUGUAAUUUCUCUAGUUCACCGUACUGAAUAAUGCUAAGAAACGCGUAUAUUAAUCACAUACACUGGCAAUUAUCGUCACGGUACUUGUCAGAUUAAAAACAUCGAAAAACGCAUAUAUGCAUUCACACUCUGCCGCGAUGAUUUUCACCGGAUGCAUAUAUACGUCUACAGCACCCAAAGGGUUAAGGCUCUGACAGAUUCGAUAGCGUGAGUUGAUAAGAGUACGUCAGAUCGGAGUGAACAUUAAUCGUGUAACAUUAAAUUAUUCGACGUCAAUUGAAUUCUAGUUACUAUUAUAGUUUGGUGUUUCGCGAAAUGAGACGCCAAGUCCGGAGAUGUUGAAGAACCUUGUAACCAGACCGCAUUCAAACGACUUAGACCGUAUUCAGAGUGCAUUUUCAACCUGUAACGAUUGUAUAUUCGAAUCGUACUUAAAAGUGCGGAAGUGAAAGCUGUCUUUUUCCUAGGAUUUGAUGGGAGCAAACGUCAUAUCUGCGAUUUCUGUAAUCAAGCUGCGGGAAUAUUGGUUUAGAGCUGUUCGUGAUUGUUUUGAUAGUCUUCGUUUCUGGUUCACGCAUAAUUUAAUAUUUAUAAGGGACUGCUUCGCAUAAUUGACAUGAAUAGGCGAGUUAUCGUUAGACAACAGUAUUCCUUCGACACCGUUGCGCUAGUUAAUGAUAAGUUAAUCGAUCGUUCGCGUGCUAAUAAUUUUAAGUGCGAGUCAAUUGAUCGCAUUUGAUAUCGGUGUUGUUAAGUCACCAUACCUCGAAAGACUGUUUUCUU